GUUGGUCGAUGGAGGAAACAACAAGCAGCUAGUCACCAUGAGGGUCCCUGAAACACUGAUCUGGGCCGCGUUUCUCAUCCACAAGGUGGUGGGAGAGUACGGCAUGGCCCAUUUCAGUGACAAGGGCAAGAGCAAUGGAAAGGAUUACUGCAUAUUCUUCAACUCACAGUGGGCUCGUCUACCUCAGGACCUCAAUAAGGCAUCCCGUCUUCAGAUCUAUGACCUGACAUCAUCGGUCCUCUGCUCACCCUCUGACGUCCCGGAGGGGGGCUUCCCAAAUCGCAUCCCCAUGGUGAUGAGAGGAAACUGCACUUUCUAUGAAAAGGUCAGGCUGGCCCAGAUUAACGGCGCAAAGGGGCUGCUCAUCGUCAGCAAGGACAGACUGACACCACCAGCAGGAAACAAGACUCAGUAUGAGGAGAUUGAUAUUCCUGUAGCACUGCUCAGCUACUCUGAUAUGCUGGACAUAAGCAAGACCUUUGGUAAAGGAAGACUGGUCGCCAUGUACGCGCCCAACGAGCCGGUGUUGGACUACAACAUGGUGAUCAUCUUUUUGAUGGCAGUAGGGACAGUCGCCAUUGGAGGUUACUGGGCCGGCAGCAGAGACAGCAAGAAACGCUACAUGAAGCACAAGCGUGACGACGGCGCGGAGAAGCAGGACGAGGAGAUCGUAGACGUCACUCCCAUCAUGAUCUGUGUGUUCGUGGUCAUGUGCUGCAGCAUGCUGGUGCUGCUCUACUUUUUCUACGAUAGCCUGGCUAUCUGGGUCAUAGCCAUCUUCUGUUUGGCCUCCUCUGUCGGCCUCCACAGCUGUCUGUGGCCGUUUGUCAGGAGACUCCCUUUUGGCAAGUGCAGGGUUCCGGAGAACAACUUGCCGUACUUACACAAACGGCCACAGAUCCGCAUGUUGCUGCUGUCGGCCUUCUGCAUUGGUGUCAGCAUCACCUGGAUGGUGUUUCGCAAUGAAGACCAGUGGGCGUGGGUGUUACAGGACGCCCUGGGGAUCGCCUUCUGUCUCUACAUGCUCAAAACAGUCAGACUCCCCACAUUUAAGGCUUGCACCUUGUUACUUUCUGUCCUGUUUAUCUAUGAUGUGUUCUUCGUAUUUAUUACACCCUUCUUUACAAAGAGUGGUGAAAGUAUAAUGGUGGAGGUAGCGGCUGGUCCCUCUGACUCCUCCACGCAUGAAAAGCUUCCCAUGGUGCUCAAGGUGCCGAGGUUAAACUUCUCUCCCCUGGCUCUCUGUGACCGGCCCUUCUCCCUCCUGGGCUUUGGCGAUAUCUUAGUACCAGGUCUGCUGGUGGCGUACUGUCACAGGUUUGACAAUUUAACACAAAACUCCAGGAUCUACUUUGUGGCCUGUACGAUUGCUUAUGGCAUCGGCCUGCUCAUCACCUUCGUGGCCCUGGCCCUGAUGCAGAUGGGUCAGCCGGCCUUGCUCUACCUGGUGCCUUGCACUCUGCUCACCAGCCUCACUGUAGCGCUGUGGCGCAGGGAGUUGCCCCAGUUCUGGACUGGAAGUGGAUUUGUGCCUCCCCUAGCGCUCACGCCGAUCAACUGUACACAAACUGCAGCGCCGCAGACAGAGGAGCACUUGACUAAACCGGAGACACAAACCACAGAAGAAGACUCACCCCAUUACCCGUCUCAGGAAACGACCCCAGCCGAGAAAGAUGAAGUGGAAAACAAAUCUAACUGAAAGGACGUCUAGUACGGCAUUUAACAUUUCACUUCAUGUUUUGUUUGUUUUUGUUUAAUCUGCAUUGUGUCUCAGUCAAUGGGCAUUUUAAGUACGGAUGUUUAUUUGCACUUGGUGUGAAGGGAAGAGAUGAGGAGAUCUGUGCUCAGCAGGGCGCCAGGAUUGGACACACGAGGUUGAAGCAUUGAAACUGCACCACAGGCCCGACACCUUCUAUUACCAGUCUGUUCCACCUGUUCAGGGAAUGAAAAGCCAAAUCUGGAAGCUACACAAGCUUUUAAACGCUAAAUACUCCCGCGACACUAAACUGAGGCUCCUAACAGCUUUAAAAGCCCAGUCACUCCAGCCUUUAGAAAACAGCUAAAGUUUACGACAAAGCCCAUUCAUUAAUGCAAUUAGUGGAUUUGUUCACAGGGGAGAGGUAAAUCCACACUAUUUUAUAACUUUGAGACAUCAUAAUAAGCAUCUUACUUAACCUCCUCUGAGAUCAGCAGAAAAUUAACCUGGAUUUAUUUUAAUAAUCAAAGAAUUCUUUCAGUCAUUUUAAAAAAAAAAAAAAAAGACAAAUAUUUGCAGGUUCCAGCUUUGCAAUUGUGAGGAUUUGAAGCUUUCGUGUCUCAUACAGAACUAAAUAUCUUUUGGCUUUAUCAAAUAAAAUGGUGUACAAUCCUGAGAACAAAAUCCAGAGUGAGUUAACACUCCAACAAAGAUAGGAAUAGAAACAAGCUUUGAGAUCAUUUGUGGAGGCUAUUGUGUUAGCAGUUAGCUCACCAGCUACAUUAGUUUACCUGCUGUCACCCAGCCUCUCGGACCAAAUAUUUCACCAUGCCAUUUUCUGGUGCGACAGGGCCUUAAAGGUCUCGGUAUGCUUGAAAAGCAUAAUACAUACACUACAUACCAUAACAAGCCAUUCUAAAUGUGUUUUUCCCUCCAUUACACUAACAACUACAGUCACAACAUAAUGUACAGCAGGGAUGGUAGAGGAGUUUCUUUAAAAUGACUGAGCCAAAGCUAUUAGAUUAUUUUAUUUUUAAACUGAAGCAUUUGUUGACGUUUUUUCCAUCUUACUUUUGGUAUAUUUUCUUUUGCAUGCUAUGAUUUUGAUUUGAUCGUUUAUAUAAAACCAGUUUAUAAUCUGGUGCGACCGUUAAAAUGUUGGGAUUGCUGUUUUGUUCUCCCCAGUAGUUACUCAUGUUGUCUUAAGACUUGGUUUCGGCCUUACUGUGUCCAUGUCGGGAGGUAAAGUAGAACAUGUCAAAGUUGCUUUAAGAGUACUGAACUCUAACUAACGCGGUGCUGUAGUUUACUGUACGAGUUGAGGAACGAGCGACUGGUCGUGUUACCAACGUUCCUAGAUUAGUUUGUACGAAGCAUUUGCACAAUUUUUUUUGUCGGUUCAUGUCUGUAUACGUUUAUGAAUACGCAAAGAAUUUAACUUUAAAGAAACGGAAACCAAGGUAUCAGUAUAUCAUAUAUAUAUAUAUUCAUCCUCCUUCUGACCUGAGGGUUUCAUCUUAAUCACCAGAGGCCAGAUAUAUUUCUGAUUCUCAUUCGUUUAUGAUGCCUAUUAACCAAGUUCAAUGUCCCUGUGUAGAAGUUGAGGUCAAAUUUAAAAAAUAAAAAAAAAUGUUUAUUUGUUCAGAGGUGAAAUCAGAGCAGCUUCGUUGUCUGGAUAAGUGCCCUCGCUGAUUCAACAGCAGUGUUCUCCAGCUCAUGAGAUUAUUCAUUCACCAGUAUAGUUUGUUGUCACCAAGUGGUUUUUAAAGCCUCUGUUGAGGAAUACAUAUAAUAA